GCCCCAGGGUGUCAGGUACUGCCUGAAGCCCGAGACCGGGCCAGACCCCUGGGAGCAGGGAAAGGGCGGGAUUGAGGAGCUGAGCUCAGAGGGACGGCCUUACUCCAGUACCACUUUGAAGGUCCUGGCGCCUUAAAACCUAGCAGGCCUCUCCGGCUGGUCUGCACGUGCACCAUUACAUCGGACCUAAUAUGGCCGCUCGCUGUGGGACUGGCCCGGUGCGCACAGCUGGGCCAAGGUCCGGAGCCAGGGACUGUUCCCGGCAUUCCUCGCGGGAGUGGCGAGGGCUCUCGGCCCCCAUCUCCAGGUCCCGCGAGAGGGAGACUCUCGGGUUUUGAGGUAGUAUGGCCCAGGGCUUGAUUGAGGUGGAGCGAAAGUUCAUUCCUGGGCCAGAAACAGAGAAGCGCCUGCAAGAGUUGGGUGGCACCCUGGAGCACCGGGUCACCUUCCGAGACAACUACUAUGACACCCCUGAGCUGAGCCUCAUGCGGGCCGACCACUGGCUGCGACAGCGAGAAAAUAGUGGAUGGGAACUCAAAUGUCCUGGACCAGCAGGUGUCUCAGGACUCCACACGGAGUACAGGGAACUCACAGUUGAGUCUGCAAUCGUGGCCCAGCUCUAUGAGGUGCUGGGGGUUGAGGUCUUGGGAGCUGAGGGGGUGACUGCUGUGCUGGGCCCACUGAGGCUGCAGGAAGUAGCCAGUUUUGUGACUAAUCGCAGUACCUGGAAACUGGUGUUAUCCAGAGCUGAUAAAGAGGAGCCUCCACUUGUGGUGGACCUGGAUACAGCUGAUUUUGGCUACGCUGUGGGUGAAAUAGAGGCCCUGGUACACGAGAAGGCUGAAGUCCCAGCUGCUCUAGAGAAGAUCGACAAGCUCAGCAGCAUGCUUGGUGUGCUGGCACAGGAGAGGGCGCCUGCCAAGCUGAUCAUGUACCUACAGCGCUUCCGGCCUCAGGACUAUCACCUGCUAGAAGUACACAGCUCCAAAGAGAAGCCACAGGGGACUAAAGAUGCUGACAAGAGCCUGGGCUAGGGUGUUACUUCCUCAACAACAAGGAAGAGAACUCUGCCCAGUGGACUUAAUCCUUUGCUCACUGUGCCUGUUCGCCUGCUUCCCUUUCCACAGUGACUUCUCUCUCACCAGGCCUGUUUGUUCCUUCACCCUACCCUCAGCUAUCUUUUGUCGAGACCUCCCAGGCUGCAUCCUCUCCCUCAUCCGUCAAAUGCAAUCUGUGGACUGCCCCUCUCCCCUGGCCGCUAAGCAGCCUCCAUUGAUUUCCGCUCGUGUUUAUAGGAUUUCCACUUAGCCGUGAUCAGUAGUUAAGCACAGGAAAAUCCCUUGCCACCCCCCUCCCUUGGUCGAUGCCAUUGAUUCUGCCAGCGGCUCCUAAACCACCUUACAGCUGAGUUAGAGACGAGGGGAGGCAGCAGGGAUUUCCCUGCCUUGGGGUGAACAGCUGUAGGUUGGGAAAUGGAUGGGAUUCCCUGUUGGAAAUCUAGGAAUUCCGGUUUGAUCUUGCUACUGUGCCCUGCUCCAGCCCAGAUGGUAGAGUGCCUCUUGUGGGGUAAAAUUUAUUCCCCGGUGUGGAGAGGGGCAGAAAGAAAAUGCUCCUUUGUUGAAAAAGGUUCCUAAGGCCAAGGGAAGAUAUGUACUUCAUGUUGACUUUUUCCCUGCUGUUAUUCAUAUAUGUUUUCUACCUCAAAUAUACACAAAUAUGGCUCUC